GUCCGACAACAAGUACAUCUGUCCUACUCUAUCGCUCGCAUAAUUCGACAAAGAUCACUUUCUUGCUGUCGUUGGCGAUACUUUCUUACUGAAUAAUUGUUUGAUACAAUUUUUUCUGUACAGCUUAAUCGAUCAAAUCGAGGACGCUGUGCUUCUCACACACCCCUCACAGACCUAUCGCGGCGUGUCUCGUUAAUUACUACUACACACCGCUGCGACGAUUAAAAUCGCGUCUGGGCCUCGUCAAAAGCGGCCACCCCCUCCGCCACGCCCGACCCAUUUGAGAGACCGCUUGCCACUGAAUCCAAGACCACCUAAAGCCUCCCUCCUCGUCAUCUGCUUGCAGUAAUAAGAAGACGUGUGCCCGCAUACUACCAAUUCCCGCCCCUCUUUUCCUCUUUUUUGACGACUUUACAAUUACCACCGCAUUUGUAUUCAAUUUGAGGCGAUAAACAAACAAACAUACCUGACAUUAUCCAAGGAAGCUUCGCGAUUCAGGUAGCAAGCAGCUGCACUAGAGUUGGCUCUACAGCUCCUCGUUUGCAAAUCAAUUCGUUCUCCUUGUUCUGAACGACACACUGCAUACCAACACCUGUCUGCCCACCCAUCUAUUUGACAAUGGCCAGCACUAUUCCUCGUCAGCCAUUUGCUCCUCUGGACGGAACCCGACUACAGGGUUUGACAAGUCUGAAGAAUCGACAGAAUGCUUUCUCUCCUGCCAGCAGUGGCAAGCGAAAGGCCGAUUCUAUUGAUACAGACGAUUCGGAGAAUGUCGACCCGGCCCUGUUCGCUAAGAGGUCCAAGGGUUCCGAUAGCUUCUUUUCCAAUGACUGUCUCAAACCCUCCACCUUCAUCUUGACCAAGGCCAGCAAUGGAAGCUCCAUUUCGCCAAAGACCACGACGACACCAUCUCUGAACAAAAUCAGCAGGCCCAUUGCGCGGCCAAGAAGCACCAUCCAGUCGAGGUCGCCCAUCGCAAAGAUCAACUCGUCCGUAUCAUCCUCUACUCCACUCUCAGCACCUGCAGGCCGUUCUCCGACUCGCGGUAGCAAGCGCGUCGGCAUCCUGUCCAAUCGCCGCCGCACAGCUAGCCCGUUCACGCGCGUAGACCCUCCAUUAUUCGGCAAGAGCAGCGGUCAUGGCGCAGCAGCACCAUUCUCUUUAGACGCCGCCCUUAAGGGCACCGUCUCAAACUACGCAUCACGUCACAAUGUACCGGCGGCCCCUGUGGUUGAUCUUUAUGAUUCCCUGGACAGCUCGUGGACUUUCGAGAUUCACGAGGACACACCAGAACAGGAGAUGACCAAUCUGCUGCAGCACAGCACCUGCGUCCUCGACAUCAGCAGUGACGAGGAGAGCGAGCAAAAGGCGGUCCGGGAGCGUGCAGAGGGUCGGGACAAGGAAAAUAUCCCGCCAGCUGAUGACGUCAGCCAGGUUCGCACCCGGCGCAGCGAGGACGACAUGCUUGUCGAGAAGAUGCGUGGACCUCUUACCGAGAUGAACGCUGCGGACUACUAUGCACAUGGCUACGGUAGUGACUCAUUCAUCCUCGUUCCUGGAGAGUACGUCGACGAUGAAGAUGCCGAAACCGUUCAUGGUGACGAAGAGCCAAGGGGCUACGAUGACAUCGACAGCAAAGGCAAAGCCAGGUUUGAGUUUGCGCCAGAUCUCGAUGCUGAUAUCUCAGUUGACGCGCUGAUGAGCAGGAGAGAUGAGCCUGCUCCGCAAGCUGCGCUGUUGCAGCCUGUAGAGGGCACUGGCGAGAGCUUUGAGCUGUGGGAGAGCGGAAGCUCAAGGGAUGACGCUGAACCCGAAACCCCAGCUAGCCCAUCCCCCAUAAGCCUUGCGGUUGAUGAGAAGCCUGAGGCCAUGACAGAGCCAGCAGUCGAGGCUCUGCAACCGACCCCAGAAAUACUUGCCUGAUGACAUGACGUUCGUGUUUUUUUUUUUUUUUUUGUUUUUUUUUUUUGCUUCUU